AUGAAACUAUAUCGCUACAAGUCAGUACAUCUGAUUGCAUCCAUUGUGGCUGCCUUUUCUCUCAUUGGACUUUCUGAUUCCCUUGUGAUUUCACCGCCUUUUGGCAACCAAGGAAUAUCAAUUGCAUCCAACAACCACCAAAAUGAUGAUUCAGAAGAAAGCCAGCUGAUAAGAAACAACCAACUGUCCCAGAGCCGCCGUAGAAGCGUUCGGAUACGAUCUACAUCAGAGGAUGACAUCUCUGAUGUUGCUCAAAUACUAGCAUCCUCUUUGCUGGAACAAGAAUCCGAUGGAAUCAUGGGUGGCUUCAAGGCACAAAUUGAACUGCUGAAAACCAAAGCAGGCGUCGAAUCAUUGUUGCGAUCGAGAAUACAUGCCAUUGACACUGCCAAAAGGCUUCAAUUUCCACAUUGGGAGUACAGCUCGGAAGAAGUCAGUGAAGCUGUUGGCUUACGGUAUGUUUGGUCCAACAACGAUUCCUUUCGAAAGAAGAUUGAGCAGGCUGCCAAACUAUCCAACGAGCCACACAUUUGGAAGGACCACAACUUUGCCUAUGCCCCAGGCUGUGUCCGGUGGCUUCAGCACAAGAUGUUUACCGCAGUUGACGCUCACAGCGGCGAGAUUGUUGGAUUUUGCGAAGUUGCCAUGCUUUCCAAGCCUUCUGCUUUCGAGGAAGAAUGUGAAAUCGAUGGCGAUGACUAUGCUCCCACCAUUAUGAACCUUGCCACAGCUCCAGAACAUCGACGAAAAGGUAUUGCUACAAGACUAAUGCGCAGUGCGUCACGAUUCGUCCAAAAAGAGUGGAAGGAAUCGACUGAACUUAGCUUGUAUGUCGAACAAGACAACGAACCAGCGAUUGCUUUGUACCAAAACCUUGGAUUUGGAUCACAACAAGCGGUCGAACGCAAUGACAACCAACAAUUCUACAUGGCCAAGCCAUUGGCGAUUCCCAGCUAUGCUUGA